AUGUCUGAAAAUCCUCUUAAAAACAAAGAAAUGAAUGAGGAAGAAUAUAUGAAUAUGUAUGUUCAUCCAGUUUUAAAAAGAGCCUUGAGCCAUUUUUCCGAUAUUAGAUAUGUGCUCAAAAAUUCCUAUGAAAUUUCUGCAACAGAAGGAAGCUGUCCAUAUGUUGUUGAAAAAAACAAAGAAACAAGUGAUUUCAUCCAAAAUGCCUGUGCUGCCAAAGAUAUUAUUAAUUUUGCGGUAAUUCAAGAAGUGUUGCACAAAAGACCACUUCCAUCAUAUUUUAGAUCCUUUAUGGUUCAAGUUUAUGAAUUUAACUUAAAAUUUAUUUUAUGGAUUAUAUCGUUAUUGAUUAAAGAGGCUGACAAAAAAUUCCAAGAAUCAAGGAAUAAAAAGAGUUCUCAUCUAAGCAAUAGCCACAAUAUUAGAAAGCUAUUAAAACUUUCACAUAAUAAAGAUCGUGGUAGUGCAAAACAGGAUAUGACAGUAAAUAAGCUUAUCUAG